AUGGCGCUGGAUGCCAAACCUUCCGAAAGGCACUGGCGCAAUUAUCGCGAUCGUUGUAUUCGUCGUCGAUACGUUGCCGGCAGUACCCAGUCUUCGAUUGCUCCUCCUAGAGCCUUGAGCUUGUCUGUUCAAUUCGAAAUGCGCCUCUCAGCCGCAGCAAUAUGUUCGGUGUUUUACUGGUUCGUGUUCUUUCUAAUUCGGCCCGGUGAAUUGUAUCAGAAAAGUACUUAUAUUAUUCUAGCGCCCUCAUCGAUCAAGGUAGAUCAACCGUUGCGGAUAGCAUUUUGCAACGUUGAUUCUACAGAACUAAGACAGUUCAAUUUGGCAAUCACUGGACCGGAAAAGCAAGAAGAUAAAUCAAUUAUGAUUGCAGCAAAUAGCCAAGAAAUUUUGUCGUUCAAGUUGAACGGCAGACACAAUGAAAAAUAUUAUAUUAGGAUUACGGAUGCCAGUAACACAGAAAUAAGUCACGCUUUCGAUGUAUCCAUAGACGCAAAGACUCACAUUGUUCUAGUGCAAACUGACAAACCCAUAUACAAACCCGGAGAUACGGUCAAGUUCCGGGUAUUACUCUUGGACCGUCAAACUCGACCUGUUGAAAUGGGUAAAAACGUGACUAUUCGGUUAAGAAACGCCAAGCGUAACUUGAUCCAAGAAUGGCUAGAAGUGGAUGUAUCAAAUGGAGUUUACCAAUCACAGCUUGAAUUGGCCAAUUUUAUUCCCUUGGGCCACUGGUCAAUUGAGGUGGAAAAUGAAGGCGAAGAGAAAACAACAAAAUCAUUCGAAGUUGCCGAAUACGUGCUGCCACUCCACAAAAUUAAAAUUUAUGUAAACAAGCAUGCAACUUGGAAUGAUAAAUCCAUUACACUCAUCGUAGAAGCACAUUACACAUUUGGUAAACCAAUAAUUGGACAGCUAUCAAUCGAAGCUAACGGUAAAACUAUAAGGGAAAAUAUUGAUAUUGAAGGUCGACUGACUGUUGAUAUAAAUCUAAGUUCCUUGAAUUUAGAUGAAAACUUUUCAGAAGACAUCCUUUGGCAAGACAUCACGGCUAAAAUAGUUGAGUUGGGCUCUGACCAUUUAUACGAAACUACUCAAUCAAUUCCUAUUUCCAAACGAGCGCAUAAAUUAACAGUGAAAAAAUCGGCCCACUUUAUUCACACGGAUACGCGUUACACGUUUUGGAUAACUCUUACUGAUCCUUUUGGAAAACCCUUCGAGAAACCCGGCCUCAUCAAAACGAAGCUUAGGCGGGGCAUAAAAAUGUGGUUCUCGAGAAACGACAGUUGGGAAACUUUUCCCGACUCGUACGGUAUGCUCGAAGUUUUUGUUGAUAUAACUAAGGGGACUACUCGACUCGAUCUGGAAGUGGAAUAUGGCAAUGAGAUACUACAUUUCGGUGCAGCUCGAUUGGAGGAUUCGGUCGAACAGGAACCUUACAUCAAGCUGGCCCUACAGACGAUGAAACCGAAACUGCAUCAAAAGAUUCACGUUUUAAUUGAAAGUAAUAUUAUGAUCGAUUUCUUAAUGUAUCACGUGGUUGCCAGAGGUGAGAUUCUACUGAGUGAAAUUGUUUCCGGACAACAUCAAGAACGGGUGAUGUUAACUAUACCCACGAGCUUUAAAAUGGUUCCGGAAGCCCAUUUGAUCGUGUUUGCUACUCAUAAGGGUAAUUUGUUGCAGAAGUCUAUAAGCAUCAACAUUGACGACCUUGAUAACUUUGUCGACGUAAGUUUAUCGGAGCAAACGGUUCAGCCAGGUCAAAACUUAACAGUAACUGCCAGUACCAAGCCGGGGUCGUACAUUGGGAUGCUGGCAAUCGAUGAAAGUGUACUGCUUCUUGGCACUGAUAACGACAUCAACCGGACAAACCUGUACAGAGCACUGGAUUCAAACUAUUUGAAAAAUGACAGGAAAAAAACGGUAAAGGAUAUGGGUUUCUCGCUGUUCACCAGUGCUGAAAUACCACUAAGAGCUUUUAUGCCGUUGGGAGUCGAUGUACGCUUUGCGGAAGAUGAACCCGAGAUUCGCAAAAACUUCGCUGAAACAUGGCUCUGGAAUGAUAUGGCUAAAGUUGGUGACGACGGAAAGCUGGUUUUAAAAAGCGUUGUUCCAGACACGAUAACCGGAUGGGCGAUUACGGCGUUUUCCAUUAGUGCGACGCAUGGACUCGGUAUCACAAGGAAGCCCGUUUCAUUGACCGUGAUUAAACCUUUCUUUAUUACGGUAAAUUUGGCAUAUUCGAUUGUUAUAGGUGAAAUAGCUGUCGUCGAAGUUUUCGUUCACAAUUAUUAUGAAAAAAGCGUAAUAGCUGAAAUAAGACUUGUGGAUGAUCUAAGGAAUUUUGAUUUUGUUGAUAACUUAAAUCAAACUACAGAUCAAACAGAAGAAAGCAAAACGAUAAGUUUAGUAUCGAAUCCUGUUCACAAAGUUGUUUUUCAUUUGAAACCGAAGCGAUCCGGGUUGCAUAAAAUUUUGGUGCAGGCAAGAACUGAAACCAGGCGGGAUUCUGUUGAGAAAUUUUUGCGAGUGACGCCUGGUGGAAUACGGUAUUACCGGAACCUGGCAAGGCUUAUCGAAGCUGACAAUUCCGAGCAAAAUAUAAACAAUAUCAUGCUGGUGAUUCCGGGUCUGGCCACAUCGGGAACAGAAAAUAUCACUUUUUCGGUCGAAGGAAUACUCAUAGGAUCGGCUUUGACCAAUCUGGGAGGACUUAUUCGUCUACCCAGCGGAUGUGGAGAGCAAAAUAUGUUGAAUUUGGUCCCGAGUGUGUUGGCUCUAAACUACAUGAAAAACACUGACACGUUGGAUGCCGCCGUUGAGAAACAAGCGCUAGAUUACUUAAGGAAAGGAUACCAGAAUCAACUCAACUAUAGACUGAAUGAUGGAUCGUUCAGUGUGUUUGGAAAAAGCGAUGGCCGAGGAAGCGUUUUCCUGACGGCUUUGGUUGCGAAAACUUUCAGAAUUGCAGCACAAUAUAUCACCGUGGACAAAAAGGUCAUCAGAGACGCUUUUAACUGGCUAGAAAAACAGCAGCAGACGGACGGUAAAUUCACUGAAGUAGGAAAAGUUUGGCACCAAACCAUUCAAGGAAGUCUUCAAGAAGGGGUUACCCUGACGGCGUAUACUGUGAUCGCAUUCUUAGAACAUGAAGACAACCGCCACCAAUUCAAAACCUCAAUUAAUAAAGGAACCACUUAUCUUGCAAGGCAACUCGACUCACUAAGCGAUCCCUACGCACUAUCCUUGACAACCUAUGCUCUUCAGUUAGCUCAACAUCCAAGAGUGUUGGACGCAUGGAACUUGUUACUUGAUAAGUCCAAUUCUGAUUCCGACUCGGAGAAACGUUGGUGGAAAACUGGUUCAACAAGCAUCGAGACUGCUGGAUACGCCCUUCUGACAAAUUUGAACGCAAGUAUGGCCAUUGACGGAAAGCCCAUAAUGCAGUGGCUAGUAAGUCAACGCUACGAUAAAGGUGGCUACGAUAAUAUCCAGAACACAUUCGUUGGACUUCAAGCUCUUGCAAGUUAUGCGGAAAGGCUUUCGACGUCCCGCAACAAUUACGAGAUCACAAUCAUCGAUAAAGCGUCCUCGUACCGAAAAUCCCUCCAAGUAACUCCAAAAAAUUCGGUAACGCCCCAACGAGUGGUUCUUCCCCAACAGGUGAGAGAUUUGGAUGUACAUAUUCAAGGUACCGGAACGGGAGUUUUCCAGAUAGCCUACGAGUACAAUUACCCAACAUUAGACGACGAACCUCGUUUUGAAAUCAAGAGCACUGUAAGCAAAAGGACAGGUAGAGAAGAAGAUCUCAACGUUCAUAUUUGCAGUAGCUUUAAACCCCAGAAGUUAUAUGAAAUCACUAACAUGGUACUGAUGGAAAUUUUAAUGCCCAGUGGAUACGCAGUAAACGAGGCUACAAUUUCGAAACUCAAGCGAAUCAAUGAUCUGAAAAAAAUCGAGGCUGAAAACGACAAUACCCGUCUGGUUUUGUACUUUAAUUCUUUGCUCUCAAACCAAUCGAUCUGUUUGGACGUUUCUGGCUACCGGAAAGCAAUCGUUCUAGGACAAAUAGCCGGAUGGAUUAAGGUCUACGAUUAUUAUGACUCAACACGCGAGGCUAUGCAGUAUUUCCAAGGAACUCUAGAGAAGGUUUCAACGUAAAACUAAAAAGUUUUUUACCAUGACUGCCGUAAAGGAACAAUAGAAGAGUGUGAUGAUCCUCCAUUUCCUUGAACACCUUCCACUAAAAACUCGAAAUUUCUCAAUAAAUUUCUUCCGCGUGAGAAAACCCCGUUUUUUCUUAUGACACACGUCUUAAAUCUGCCUUUAUUUUUCUCCGCUUGCUGUAAUGCGAACUCAAACUUUCUUUCUCGGAAACUUAUUCUCUCUAUCUCUUUCUCUCCGUAACUCUUUUCACUAACGGUACCAGCAUGUACCGAACUGCUGGCGGAUUGCAUUUUUCUAACGGUCUGCUUGACACUGAUGUAGAGGAUAGAUGAAAUAAAUAAUAAAUAAAAAGAUGUGA